GAGAGAAUGUUAAUUGAACCGAAACGCGACGUUUAUGUCUUUCCUAGCUCUGCCGCGAGAGGUUCGUUCCGUUUUAGGUUUUGUCGUUCUAUAUCUCAUGGAAUCGUUUGCCACGCUUCGCCGAGAUGCCGAAAAAGGGUGAAACGCGGAAUGAGACGCUGAAAGGCGGACUCAAUCGUUAUUCCAAAUCUCGCAUGUUCGCCAAACGUGCCCUGUACAAAAAGAAAAGGGUUGUUACCAAGAUCGAGAAGAAACGAGAGUUUGUUACAGUUGUCAAACCAAUCGGUGGAGAGAAAAAUGGUGGCACUCGUAAAGUCAGAGUGAAAAAAUUGCCCAGAUAUUACCCCACUGAAGACAGACCCCGCAAGCUGAAGUCUCAUGGUAAAAAACCAUUCAGUGAGCACAAAAGAAGAUUGAGAGAGUCGAUCACACCAGGAACUGUGUUGAUUCCAGUAUCUGGCAAGCAUAAGGGGAAACAUGUCAUCUUUCUCAAACAGCUCGAUUCUGGAAUGCUUCUUUGCACUGGUCCUCACAAGAUUAAUGGUUUUCCAUUGAGACGACUUCAUCAAAAGUUUGUCAUUGCAACUAAAACGACAGUUGAUGUUUCUGGUGUGAAAUUGCCAGAAAGAGUGAAUGACAAAUAUUUCAAACGACUUGCCAAGAAGAAGCAAAAGCAAGGCGAUGGCGAGAUCUUUGACACAACUGAAGAGACAUAUAAAGUGUCUGAUGAACGCAAGGAAGACCAAAAGGCUGUUGAUUCUCAGAUUCUUCCAAUUCUGAAAAGAACGGAAUAUCUUUCUGGUUAUUUGGCAAGCAAAUUUUCUUUGCAAACUGGCCAAUAUCCACACAAAAUGGUCUUCUGAACUAUAUCAGCGAAAAAUAAAAAUUGAAAAUGACACCA